AUGGGCGAAUUGAAAUCAUCUCAUUCCUUCCACCCGGCUCUUGCUGUUUCCAACAUCAAGACCCAUGUUCCAAUCACCCUUGAGAUGGAGAACGUUCAAUAUACAAAUUGGGCAGAAUUGUUCAAGGUUCAUUGUAGGUCUCAUAGAGUUCUUCAUCAUAUUAUCCCACCCAAAAACCCGGAUGGGACAGAGAAAGAGCCGGUGCCUCUCAAUGAUGAUGAACAAGAUAUGUGGGAUACCCUUGAUGCGGCUGUAGUUCUGUGGAUUUAUUCCACAAUCUCCACGGACCUGCUCAACACCGUCAUUGAAGCUGAUGUUUCGACAAUGACCUUAUGGAACCGGCUUCGUGAUUUGUUUCAAGACAAUGAAAAUUCUCGUCCCCUUCUUAUUGCAUCAUCCACCAUAUAUAUACAAUCAAUAAUCUCUAUUAAUUUAGGCUAUAAUCUAUGCUAUUAA